CCCUAGACCAACUCCAUGGCCGCCGCCGGCGACGACGCGCCCGCGGGGCUCUUCUCCGGCGUCUGGUCCCGCCUCCACGCCGCGGCCUCCCUCUGGCGCCGCCGGGGCCAGGCCUCCCGCGACGGCGAGCGGGAGGAGGAGGACGGGGAGGCCACCGUGCGGUCGCGCCUGGCGAGGCGGGCGGCGGCGGCGCGGCGGGUCGGCCGGAAGCUCGCCUUCGUCUCCUUCAACCUCGAGGUGCUGGUAUUCAUCUACGCGUUCUGGAGGGCGAGGAGACGGAGUCUGACCUGGAGGCAGCCCAUCCAGGUGCUGCCCGUGCUUGCCGUCCCUGCUCUCGCCACGCUCAUCUAUGCCGCCUUUGUCCGCUUCACCAGAAUGCUUGACCUAAAGGACAAAAGAACACUUGAAAGACUUCAAGAGGACAAGCCGCAAAAUGAGUGUGAACCAAGGGAGUCAGUUGACCUCAAGGACAAGGAAACACUUGAAGGACUUCAAGAGGACAAGCAGCAAACUGAGUGUGGACCAAGGGAGUUUGACCGGAACAACCAAAACAAUGUCCAGAACUGUGAUGAUGUGGAAGAUGCUAGUAAUUCUCUGGUUGGAACUGAUUCAGCAGCACAAACUGCUAAGCUUAUGAAACAUCGCCAGUCGAGCAUUAAGCAUAGAGAUGAUGGUGGAGCAGAUAUGGCUUGGGGUCAUAGCAAGGAUUUCCAAUCAGCACCCUCAGGUGGACUAAGGAUGAGAAGACUGUCAAGUUCAAAAACAUACAUGACCAGCAGCAGUUUUAUAGAAAGAAGUGUGGAAAAGACACAGGAAACGCCAUCUGUCUCUGCACAUUCAGAUCAGCAUGUCCAUGUCCCUGUUUCCACUGAAGAUACUAUUUCGUAUCCUUUCGAUGAUUGCCGCAGCAUGCAUGUUCAACCUGCAGAUACCCCUCAAGAAUUGUCUGAAGGAGAUGCUGACGAAGAAGGGUUUGAUGGAUUAUGGGACAUUGUGGAAACUCGUUCCAAUUCCAGCAAGGAGAAUCCCAUAUCUCCCGUUGGUUCUCAUAAUAUUUUUUAUGACGGAGACGAUUCACGCUCCCCUGCAUCUCCACCAGACGACCUUGUUGCUCAUAAUAGCUUAAAUGACUUCAGCGGCAGCCCUGACUUGUCUGGUCCGGUAUUACCUGCAUCAGAAACCUUGAAAAUGUUGCCUCCAGAAAGUGUCAGGGAGGAAGCAUUGCUUGAUCUGCAAAAGUCAGAAGUGUUGCAUAUGUAUUCUUUGACUCCAAAGGAAAACCCUACUCCGAAUGCAGUCAAUGAUAAGGAGCUGCCAAUCACUCCUGACAUGGGGACCUAUUCAGAGUUGCUUGGCGAGGGAGUCGAGGAGACAGAAUCGUCCAUGUUCCAUAUACCAGAGGAAAGUAUGCGGCCCUUCAUCUCAGAGGAGGUUUUACUGGGCCCAGUUGCAGCCAAUAGUAUUGAACAUUGCUUGGGAACUCCAGAGUUCUCUUUGUGCGGUCAAGAGACUGAAAAAUUGGAAGUUGUUGGAAGUGCCAAGUUUACUAAUGGCAGUCCUGAGUCAAGCUUCUUAUCUUCUCCGGAGUUAGUUGUGGAGAGUGCUGAGGAUGCCGCUGAGAAAGAAUUAUGUGAAUUAAACACAAAGGAGGAGAAUGCUAUGCUCAUCAGUAUGGAGGAGCCUUUGCAAGAUCCACUUAUAGUGAGUACUAGUACUAGUGAACAAUGCCUGGAAAGUUCAGAUGUCUCUUUGUGCAUUCAAGAUGCCAAGGCGGGGGAAGUUUCUGGAACUAUAAACUUCGUUACAGCCAAUCAUGAAUUAAUGUACACAGCGUCUCCAGUGUUACUUGCAGAAGGCGACGAGGACUUGAAGGAGGAUAAAACAUGUGGCUUGCAUUUACUGGAGCAGAACGGCCUUCCUAUAAACUUUGAAAAGGAACCUAUUUUGGAUUCAGCUGACACUGCUGAGGAUGUCGAGAUAACAGAAGUUCAUGAUGUUGUCAAGGAGGGUUUGUUUGAGUCAGAAGGCGAGGAAACAUUUACUCAUGGGAAGCUUGGUGCCGCUUCUUCGAAUGCUGAUAGUAACACUGAAAAUUUGAUAACUGACUCAAUUGGUGUUCAAAUUAUUCCAAACCCCGACAUAAAUGAAGCACUUGAAGGUGGCUGGGAAGCAUUUUCUGAGCCGCUACACCAUGGCACUCGCCAUUCUGCAGGAAUGUUCUUAUCUUCAGGGGAGAUCAAUAAUGACGUCUAUUCUUUGGCUCCAAUGGAGAUCCCUACUUCAUAUGCAGUCAAUGGCAAGGAACUGCCAAUCACCCCUGAUAUGGAGAGCUAUCCAAAGUUCUUUGGCGAGGGAGUCGAAGAGAUAGUAUCGUCCAAGUUCCAUAUACCAGAGGAGAAACAUUGCUCCGGGGCUCCAGAGGUCUCUGUAUGCGGUCCAGAGACUGAGAAAAUGGAAGUUGGUGGAAGUGUCAGCUUUAUCAAUGUCAGUCCUGACUCGAGCUUCUUAUCUUCUCCAGAGUUAGUUGUGGAAGGUGCUGAGGAUACCACCAUCGGGAAAGGAUUAUGUGAAUUAAACACAAAGGAGGACAAUGCUAUACUCAUCAAUAUGGAGGAGCAAGCUUUGCAAGAUCCACUUAUAGUCAGUACCAGUACUGUUGAACAAUGCUUGGAAACUUCAGAUUUCUCUUUAUGCAUUCAAGAUGCCAAUGCGAGGGAAGUUCCUGGAAUUACAGACUUUGUUACAGCCAAUCCUGAAUUAAUGUACCCAGCAUCUCCAGAGUUACCUGGAGAAUAUGAUGAAGACUUCAAGGAGGAUAAAAUGUCUGACUCGCACUUACCGGAGCAGAAUGGACUACCUUUUAAUUUUGAAAAGAAACCUAUUCUGGACUCACCUGUAGCCUAUACUGCCGAGGAUAUUGUCAAGGAAGAUUUGUUUGAAUCAGAAGGCAAGGAAAUAUUUAGUUAUCAAAAGCUUGUUGUCGCUUCUUCAGAUGGUGAUAGUAACACCCAAAAAUUGAUAACUGACUCAAUUUGUGUUCAAUUUAUUCCAAACUCCGACAUAAAUGAAGAUCUUGAAGGUGGCCAUGAAGCAUUUUCCGAGCCGCUACACCAUGUCACUCGCCAUUCUGAAGAAAUUUUUUUAUCUCCAGGGGAGAUCAAUGAUGAAGAAGUCUAUUCUUUGACUCCAAUGGAGAGCCCUACUUUGUAUGCAGUCAAUGAAAAGGAACUGCCAAUCACUCCUGACGUGGAGAGCUACCCAGAGUUAUUUGGUGAGGGAGUUGAGGAGAUAGUAUUGUCCAAGUUCCAUAUGCCAGAGGAGAGUUUGACACCCUUCAACUUGGAGGAGGUUCUACCGUGCUCGCUUGCAGUCAGUAAUAUAGAAAAUUGCCCCGGGGCUCCAGAGUUCUCUGUAUGUGGUGAAGAGACUGAUAAAAUGGAAGUUGCUGGAAGUGUCAGCUUUAUCAAUGUCAGUCCUGAGUUGAGCUUCUUAUCUUCUCCAGAGUUAGUUGUGGUGAGUGCUGAGGAUGCCACCGAGAAAGAAUUAUGUGAAUUAAAUACAAAGGAGGACAAUGCUAUACUCAUCAAUAUGGAGGAGGAAGCUUUACAAGAUCCACUUAUGGUCAGUACCAGUACUGUUGAACAAUGCUUGGAAACUUCAGAUGUGUCUUUACACAUUCAAGAUGCCAAUCCUAAAUUGAUGUACCCAUCAUCUCCAGAGGUACUUGGAGAAUAUAAUGAAGAAUUCAAGGAGGAUCAAAAGUCUGACUCGCACAUACUGGAGCAGAAUGGCCUACCUUUUAAUUUUGAAAAGGAACCUAUUCUGGAUUCACCUGUAGCUGAUACUGCCGAGGACGUCGAGAUAACAGAGGUUCAUUAUGUUGUCAAGGAAGGUUUUUCUGAGUCAGAAGGCGAGGAAGCAUUUAACUAUCAAAAGCUUGCUGUCACAGAUUCGGAGGAUGAUAGUGACACUCAAAAUUUGAUUAUUGAUUCAAUGCCAGUGAAAUUCCUUCGAAACAGCGACCUAAAUGAAGUUCUUGAAGGUGGCCAGGAAGCAUUUUCUCAGCCACUACGUCAAAGCACUCGCUAUUCUGAAGGAAUGUUCUUAUCUUCAGCGGAGAUCAAUAAUGAUGAAGUCUAUUCAAGCAACUCAAAUUCAUAUGCCAAUGUGGUGGAAGAUGCUGCACCCUCUGAAGGACUUUCUAAGUUUGAAGAUGAAAUGUCUAUUGCUUCUUUAGAUACUUCCAUCUGCCUGGAUGAGGUUAAAAGUGCAGCUAUUGUUGACAUUGAUAUAGUCAGUCCUAAACUGAGCCUUCAAGCAGAGCUGCGUGGUGGGGGAGUUGAGGAGAAUGAACAGUCCAAGUUCCAUCUAACAGAGGAAAUCACAACACCCUUCAAUUUGGAGGCGGAAGUUUUGCUAUCCCCAGUUGCAGUCAAUAAUAGUGAAUACUAUGCGGAGACUCCAGAGUUCUCUUUAUACAAUGAAGAGAGUGAGGAAAUGGAAGUUGUUGAAAGUGUCAGCUUUGUUAAGGCCAGUCAUGAGUCGAGCUUCUUAUCCUCUCCAGAGUUAGUUGCAGAGGGUGAUGAUGAUGCUAGGGAGAAAGAAACACGCGAAGUAAGCACAAAUGAGGAGAAUGAGACACUCAUCAAUUUGGAGGAGAAACCUUUGCAAGCUGCGCCUGUGGUCAGUACUACUGAUCAGUGCUUGGAAACACCAGUGUUUUCUUCAUCUAGUGAAGAGACGACGGAUGUUCCAGAGAUUGUCAGCUUUGUUACAGUCAGUCCUGAAUUAAACUACUCUGUAUCUCCUGAGUUACUUGCAGAGAGUGAAGAUGGCAUCAAGGAGUAUGAAACGUCUGACUUGCACUUACAUGAGCAGAAAGCCCUACCUUUUAAUUUGGAGGAUCCUUUUCUGGAUCCACUUGUAGUUGAUAGUGCUGAAGAUGCAUUAGCCAAGUCUGAAGUGGGCAAGAUAACUGAAGUUCAAGGAGUCGUCGAGGGAGUUUUGCCUGAAUCAGAAGAUGAGGAAGUAGUUGACCAUCUAAAGCCUGUUCUCGCCUCUCCAGAUGAUGAUACUGCUGCUCAAAAUUUGAUAAGUAAUUCAACAUUUGCCCAGUUCAUUCCAGACAGCAGUGUAAAGGAAGGUUCUCAAGCUGGUCAGCAAGCAUUGCUUGAGUCUCCGCAUGAAAGCACUUGUCAUUCUGAAGGAACAUUCUUAUCUUCAGGCAUGAAGAUAACACCAUUUGCUGGUCAGGAAGGACUUUCUAAAUCUGAAGAUGAAAUAGCUUCGACUUCUCUGGAGGUUAGAACUGCAGAAAAUUUGACAGCCAACUCUGGACCUUCUCAGUCUAUCCCAGACAGCAACGGAUCUCAAUCUCUUCACGACCAGGAACAAGCUCCAUCUGAAACACUACAGGACGUUAAUUUUCUUAUCGAGGGAAGUCACACAUCCUCAGAUGAGGGCAUAAACUCUGAAAUAUUUUCGCUCUAUUCCAGGUCAUCUUCAUGUGUUUCAGAGAUCAAUAUGCUGGAAUCUCUCAGAAGUGGAACAUCUUCUGAACCAGAAAAUGAUCGUGGUUUAAGCUUUGAUGAGAGGAACCGUGUGAUAUUUCACAACCUGGACAGUACAGAAAAUUACACAAACAAUCCAGCGACUGCUGAAUCUAUGACCAACAUGAUUGAAACUCUUAAUAUUGCUGAUGAAACAACUGCUGGUUCACCGCAUGAAGUUUCUUCAAACUUUGUGGACUCUUUUGUAGCUCCAGAUGUAAUCAAUGGCAUGACACAAUCAGAUCAACACUUGGACUUAUCAUCCUCUUCAUUUGCUCCAGUGGUUGAUGCAUUUGAAACAUUGCAAAGUGGUCAUGUUUUUUCCGAGCCUCAACUUGAAAAUGAUGUUACGUUUGAGGAGACCCAAAUGUCCCCUAAGGAGGCUGAUGAUGCUGAAAACUAUUUCAUCAAUACAAUUGAUGAUCCUCAAGAUAGUGAGAGAACAUCAACUGUAGCUUUGGAAGAUGAAGAUGAUUUAACUCUUCAUAAGGCUUACAUGUCUCCUGAAGAUAUCAGUGAAGUCGAAAAUUCUUUGGCUGAUGAUUAUGCUUCAGAUCUUCCUCACAUGCCAGAGAACCACUGCUUCAGCGAAAAAGUAUCACCUGAAUCUCAGGACCCCUUAAGUUCUGAGGAGAUUUUGGUUCAUCCAGAGGGUUUGAAAACUGAAAAUGAUUUAGACGGUGCAAAGUCAUCCUUGUUUUCUACAGAGGUCAACUUGGCUGAACUUUGGGGCAUUGCUCACGAAGGAACUCUGCAACAAGAUGAAACCAUGUUGGGUUUUGAGGAAGCCAAUUCUGAAGAUCACUAUGACAAUUCAAGGUCCCUAGAUAUUCCAGAUGUCACUGUGGCGGAGAGUCUCCAAGCAGCAGAGAGAUCAUCAUCUGAGAUACUUUACGAUGGCAUGUUCAGUUUCGAGGGGACAUUAAUAUCUCUAGAUGGUGAUGACAAUGCUGAGGAUUUUACUAACAAUUCAGGUUCUGAUAUGCAUACUGCACAGACCGACACUACAAGUCUCCCUGGUCUUCAAGAAGGGUCUUUCAAGCCAGAAGAUGAGAAUGCAGUUAAUUCUAUCACCCCAUAUGAGGUUGAUACUGAAGAAUCAAGUAGCUCAAAUCGUGGUAAUUCCAGCUCCGCUUCAUCUCGUCAUGACAUCAGCUUCAUGGAGGCUCCUCGGCCCCGGGAACUGCCUAUAGACGCUGGAAGAGGAAAAGUUCUCAUCAAGGAUAAGGAACCAAAAGACGGUGAAUCUGAGGUGAUGAAAGAGACUGUCGAAGAUUUGGAUGAUGACCAUGAGACGAAACAAGUUGUCACAAUCAGUCAUAGCACUGGGAGCAGUAAUGUAUCUGAGCUAGCUGACUUGCAGUACACCGAGUCGGUUGAUGAUGAUACUGAAACUCUUAGUGCUCCUCUACCUUCAUCUGCUGCUACAGAUAUUUGAAGCAGGUUAAAUGAUAAAGCUGCACGUGUUUCAGUAGAAUGGUCAACUGCUGAAUAACCUCCCACAAGAGCAUCUAAAAGCUUGCAACUGGAGCUGGUUCUGUUGUGCUUUUUUUAAAGCUUCUAAUACUGGAGAAGUACAGAUUGGAGAUUGUUCUUGUUAGUUUUGUGUGCUCAGAGGAUGAGGGAAAGAAGUCCAAUACAUGGGGGUUUUGUACAAAGUAAUACGAGAGUUCUCAAAAAUCAUCUUGAGGUGAAAAAUUGGAAUCGCCUCUGGAUAGGGUUGCUUGCGCUUGGAGUGGAAAUGCCCUAGUUCUUGCCUUUUGCCAUCAAGAAUCUAGGAUUUGUUGAAAGAUAAGGCUAUCUUUCAUAGUUUUCACUCUCUCUUUUGUUUUUUUAGUUCGGGUUGAAGUUGUAUAGUUCUGUAUAUCUGGGUAAAUAUACUGCCAUCAGUAGCCCAUGUAUAAUAUGUCAUAGUGUGAUAUUCUUUAGGCAGUGGUACUUUGCAUGAGUGCCUCAUUUGGUGCCUUUUUUUUGUAUGAGUUGAAGGGUAUUAAAGCAUUGCAAUUUUACAACAGAAGUUUCUGUUUUGAUUU